UUCACAAAAUCUCCAGUCGUUCAAGCCCGUUCCAGCUGUUUAGACGUGUGUACCGUGCGCCCAGACCUAAGACGGGGGCGCCCGACAGCCUCGUGUGUGUUGUGUGACUGUGUAUGUGUGUGACUGGUGUGUGUGUGCGUGUGCACUCCCCCGUGUACGUUUCCAUUUCAAAACUUACCAGACACACAAUCUGAUUAUUCACACUCGUUGGGUGAGGAAUUCCACCGCGCCGACACACGGGAAAACAAUCGCGCGCUAACAUUUCGAAAAAGAAACCCCAAAUUCUUUUUCCUUUUUUUUUUCGCCAAGUCAAGACGCCAUCUUGUCGUGUGUAUUUUUGUGUCUCUCUCUCUUCGUGUGUCUAUCCUCCUGCGUGUGUGCCAAUCUGAAAAUAACAAAGUUGACAAAACAAAAAACCCCAAAAACCCAAAAAUAAAAUUCUCUCUGAGGAAUUAUUUCAAGAAUUGGAUUAUUCAACACGACAGAAAUCAAAAACUCGUCGGUCAACACACACGGAUUUGCCCACACUGAUUCAAAGCAAUUAGAGCCUAGAGAGAGUAUAGGAGCCGAGAGGAUAAGAUUCGAUGGAUGAAAGGUGAAUGAAAUAGUGGCAAUGUGGCGGCUCCCAUCCUAACUGUGAUUGUGUGUGUGUCGUGUCGUGAGUGUGUGAAGUUGGAAAAGAGAAAAAAUUUUUGGGCGCGCGCGCGCGCGCAUCCGACGACCCGAAAUUUUGACUGAAAUAAAAAUAUAAAAAGACCCGACGAGGUUGUCCCGUGAAAGCCGCCGGAUCGUCCGCGAGGUGGCGUCGUCCAAAGUGCAACGCACGACGGAAGGAAAACUGGCGACUGCCACUGCCGUAGUGCCGACGGCCGACGACUGGCUGCUGGUGGUCUGCUGAAAACAAGAGAGACUGUGGCCUCAUGGCAAACCAUGCCAUCGUCACUCAAAGCAGUCCAUCGACGACACGCGGGAAUCUGGUCAGUCCGGAAGAAGAAAUGUUGGAUCGACGAACAAUGGAGCUGCUGCCAGACAGACCGUCGAGGAUUCCGCCCAUGGCUCCCGCUCGCCCGGCUCCUCUUCCAGGCUCGGCCGUUCGAAUCCAACCGCCCAGAAGAACCACCACCACCACUACUACUACCCCCACCACGUCUCCCAUUGUCGUUCCACGAGUUCCGGCCCCAACUCUGCCCCUCCGGCAAUCAACGACGCCGACGACCUACACCACCGCAAAUGUCAGCGGAAGUCGGUCGUUACAAGUGGCGGCGGCGACGACAAGUUCAGUCGAAGCAGCGGCGGAAGUGAUCACGCUGUCGCAACCGCGGCCGGAUGGCGAGCGCGUCCGCAACGAGUACAUCGACACGCCGUUGAAAGGUGGACUGCGGGCGACGACGCCUCUGCACGCCGAAACGCACAUCCACAUUAGCGGCUCUCCGCACGACCAUUUGGCGCUGGUCAGUCCACUGGGCAGCCAAUCGUCCAAGACGUCGUCGUCGUCGACCAAGUCUCUGCCGUUCAACAACACGGGCAACACGCCGUUGACGUCGCCGUCGUUGAAGCGAUUGCAGAGCACACGACGAUCGCUGCCCAUCACCAAACAGCCGGCCCAAUUCACCAAAGACACAACUCCGUCGUCAUCGUCGGCUGCUGCCAAUUGCCGUCGCGAUGUCAAUUGCCCAACGACGUCAUCGACGUCGAGGAUGGUCUUUUCGUCUCCGGGCAGUCAGAGCAGCGGAGGUGGCGAUUCCGUCAUCUGCCCGGAUUGUGAUCGCUGCCGUUGUUUAUCCUGUCGGACUCCGCGCCCCCUGCCGUCCAAGUGGUUGUGCGGCGACAAGUGCCUCUGUUCGGCCGAAUCGUGCGUCGACUACGUCUCGUGUCUCUGCUGUGUCAAAGGACUUUUCUACCAUUGCGGAUCGGCGUCGGAUGAAGACGACGAAGAUGACGACGUCCAUCGGCGUCGAUACCACCACCACCAGCCAACGACAACAUCAGCCAGCGGAGGAUCGUGCGCCGACGCCCCGUGCUCGUGUGUGCCCAGCCACCACCGGAUGGCCCGUUGGGGUUGUCUGGCCUGUCUGACUCUGGUCAUGCCGUGUUUACUCUGUUACUGGCCACUCCAAGGAGGUGUCAAAGUGGUGGAAAUGUGCUACCAAAAGUGCACCCGACACGGAUGCCGAUGUGAUCAGCAGCAUCAACAACAACAACAAAGACGGCCCAACCAUACCUCCACCUCUUCUUCUGCCCAGCCAACGGGCAAGACUGCCGUCGUCGUCCAGCCUCUACCCAAUUCGUCGGGAAAACGACUUUUAGAUAUUUAAAAUAUUUCGAUUUAAGAAAAAAGAAAAAUGAAUCUGUUUUUUCAACUCCCACCCCAUCUUCUUUAUUAUUCCCCACACCCUCCCGACGCACUCAACUUGUUUUUUCAACCAAAAUGGAUGGAGAUUCCCAUUUUCAUCCACCUCUCCCAAUAAAUUUUUUUUUUGGUUUUUUUUUUUCGGGUGUGAAACGAAAUAAUUUGACUUUGACGCAACCAAAGAGGACACAAAUGUAAAAACGGCCAAGAAAUCCCCCAAAAAACACACACAUUUCCUCCCCCCUCAGAUUGUUGUUGUUGUUUUUCUCGUGGCUCUAUGUAGAUACAUCCAUCAUAUGUAUGUAUGUACAUAAGCAGAAAGAUCAGUGGUUGAAUGUUGGAGUACAAAACUACGAGAAAAUUCUACACACACACACACUAAAAAAAAAACGUAAAAUGUCACACUAAAGUUUAAUUAAAAAAAAAGAAAAACACAUAUUAAAAUUGUUCCGUCAAAUUUCCACCGUCUUUUGGCAUGUCUUAGGGAAAAAAUCCCACAACAGGUUGUUUGACGGGCGUGUCUUUUUCUAUUUCUUUUUCUAUUUCUAUCCCCCCCAAAGUCCUCUGUCUAGUCUGAAUUAUCAAGCAAAUGUCACCAUAUUAUUUUGGGUCUCUCUCUCUCUCUCUCUGUACCUGUCUCGAUGGCGUUUUAUAUUGGUUUAUAUAAAUCCAGCGACGAUGGGAGAAAACAAACACAAAACAUAAUAAUAAUAAUAAUAAUAAUAAUAAUAACUGGAUGGAGAAAAAGAGAAUUUACGACGACUUUUGGUUCAGCUUUUCGGUUAUCUUUCGGCGGCCACAAUUAUUUAUUUCAUCAGAUUACCUCUUUUUCCUUGGAACGUCCGUCUUUCUCUCUGAUCGUUUCUUUUCUUUCUCCGGCAUGGACCGACAAAAAAUUUAAAAAAUAAAAACCUGCUUCUUCUUUCUCUUCUCUUCUCUAUUUGAUUUGUGUUUUUCUACGUAUGGAAAAAAGAUGUUCUCUCUCGCUCUCAGAAAAAUAAGGAAAAAUGCUGACAGUGUGUGUUUUUGUAAUUACCCAUGUAUUUACUGUAUAUAUUGAAAAAGGUUACACUUGUGCAAAAUAUAUCGUGAAUUGACA